UGCCUGCUACACCUGAUCCUUAAACCGUUAACAGCCAGGGGACGCUCUAGGACUAAGACGCUUUCCUUCCAGCCCGUUCCGGGUUCCUGGGAAAGAACCUUACGCUGCUUAGCGUGGUCAUCUGCAGGUGACUUCAGCGCUCUCAGAUUGAGAGGUUCUGAAAUUGUGACGCUUGCUUUUAAUCUCAGUUUUCGAUAUUUGACUUAACAAGGAAAACUUGGACACGCAGAAAUGGAUGAUGAACCAGAAAGAACCAAACGGUGGGAAGGGGGCUAUGAAAGAACAUGGGAGGUUCUUAAAGAAGAUGAGUCUGGAUCAUUGAAAGCCAGUAUUGAGGAUAUUCUUUUUAAGGCCAAGAGAAAACGCAUCUUUGAACAUCAUGGGCAAGUUAGACUUGGGAUGAUGCGCCACUUGUAUGUAGUGGUUGAUGGAUCAAGAACAAUGGAAGACCAAGACUUAAAGCCUAACAGACUGACUUGUACCUUAAAGCUGUUGGAACAUUUUGUUGAAGAAUAUUUUGACCAAAAUCCUAUCAGUCAGAUUGGCAUUAUUGUAACUAAGGGUAAAAGAGCUGAGAAACUGACUGAGCUUUCGGGAAAUCCAAGAAAACACACAGCAGCUCUGAAGAAAGCUAUUGAUAUGACCUGCCUUGGGGAGCCAUCGCUAUAUAAUGCCUUAAAUUUGGCCACACAGACAUUAAAGCAUAUGCCAGGACAUACAAGCAGAGAGGUUUUAGUAAUAUUCAGCAGCCUGACAACAUGUGAUCCUUCCAAUAUAUAUGAUCUAAUUAAGUGUUUAAAAGCACUCAAGAUCAGAGUGUCUAUUAUUGGCCUUUCUGCUGAAGUUCGUGUUUGCACUGUACUUGCCCGGGAAACUGGAGGAACCUAUCAUGUCAUUUUGGAUGAAGCCCAUUAUAGAGAGCUCCUGAGGCAUCAUGUUAGUCCACCACCAGCCAGUUCAGGUUCUGAAAGUUCUCUUAUUCGAAUGGGCUUUCCUCAGCACACAAUCGCAUCCUUGGCUGAUCAGGAUGCAAAGCCAUCUUUUAGCAUGGCACACCUGGAAAAUAGCAAUGAUCCGGGUCUUACACUGGGAGGAUAUUUCUGCCCCCAGUGUAGAGCCAAAUACUGUGAGCUUCCUGUGGAAUGCAAAGUUUGUGGUCUUACGCUUGUGUCUGCACCUCAUCUGGCUCGAUCUUAUCAUCACUUGUUUCCUUUGGAUGCCUUUCAGGAAGUCUCACUACAACAGUACAGAGGAGAACGUUAUUGUCAAGGAUGCCAAGGAGAAAUCGAAGAUCAGCAUGUCUAUAUUUGUAAAGUCUGCCAGAGUGUGUUUUGUGUGGAAUGUGAUCUUUUCGCUCAUGAUACUCUGCACUGCUGUCCAGGCUGCAUUCACAAGCAUCCUACUCCUCUCUGAGUAUAAUCCAAUCAGUGAUCAGCAAUACUUACUACAUUCCUGUCCAUAGAAUGAAGGUAUUUGGCAAAAGAGUUUCAACUUGAAGACCAACAUCUAGUUCUACUUGUGUAAGACCUGCGUGCUUAUGCAAACAGACUUUUUAUUUUACACCAACACGGUAAUAUAGAAGUUUGUAUGUAUACAUUUAUAUGUACCUGAAAAUUGUAACACUUGUACCUGAAAUUUGUCCUUGAAGUGUCUUUUAAUUUUCUUUUAAUUAGUCUAAAUUAUAUGCCAGUUUGUAUCCCUGAAAGGGAAUGUAUACUAGAAUUAUGUGUUUUUUAAAAUCCAGAUUUGUGCAAGGGAAACUACACGUGCACCGGGGAUCUUUCCUGCUGCUCCUCUGUGUCAGGGAGCAAACAUGAAUGGUGUGAGAUGUGGUGCAGGCUGCAGUGUCAGCACCUUCUGUGAACAGACUUCUUUUUUAAAAAGAGAGAGUUCUAGGAAGAGCAAGUCUCUAAUGUGUUUUUUACAAGCAGAAAUAAAAGUUGACUUUAAAAGCAGA